AGGUAGGCGGUUGUUUCGGAGGGUUAAAAUUCGUAAUCAACGUCAUUUAGUCUGUAAUCCUUGUGUCAAAAUGUCAGCUGCUGAAGACAUCUAUCUUCAGUAUCAAGGAUUUCUGCUUCCCAGAGAAACUCACUCCUUACAGAGUUUGAAGUUUGCAAAUGAAUUCAAGUUUAAAGACGAUGACGUUGUGGCUGUUACAUAUCCGAAGUCAGGUACUAUCUGGAUGCAGGAGAUCCUUCCGUUGCUGCUUAAUGGAGGAGAUCUGACUCCAAUCCAGACUGUUGUAAACUGGGACCGGGUCCCAUGGCUGGAAGAGAAAAGAUUGGCUGAGGUUGCAGAUAAGCUGACAUCUCCACGUGCUCUGGUCACACAUUUUCCCUACAGCCUCAUGCCCCCUUCAUUCCACACCUCCAAAGCCAAGGUGAUCUGUGUGAUGAGGAACCCAAAGGACAUCUUGGUGUCUUCAUACUACUUCCAUCAGAUGGCGACCUUUCUCGAGGAUCCAGGGACUUUUGAUGAGUUCUUGGAGAAGUUCCUGGAAGGCAGAGUGCUGUUUGGGAAGUGGACAGACCAUGUGAAGAGCUGGAGGCGUGCAGAGCUGGGAGACAGAAUUAUGUUCAUCACUUAUGAAGAAAUGGUUCAGGACCUGCCUGCAGCUUUAAGGCGUAUGUCAGACUUCUUGUGCCGUAAUCUGAGUGACGAAGCCGUUCUGAAGAUAGCAGAGCAUUGUUCUUUUAAGACUAUGAAAGCCAACAGAAUGUCCAACUUCAGCCUGGUUCCCAAAGAGUAUAUGGACAAUGACAAGUCUCCUUUCUUGAGGAAAGGGAUUAGUGGAGACUGGAAAAACCACUUCAGUCCAGAGCAACUGGCCCGGUUCACAUCGGUCAUUUUCAAAGAGCUGGAGGGCGAGAACUUCUCUCUGCCCUGGAGCCUGGAUUGACCAGCAAAGAACAAAAAGGGCUGUAUGGAGAUAAAGUUCAGGCCUGUACAUAACAGUCAUUUACAACUGGAGUUAAAUUCUCAAAACAAACACAAGUCUGCAGAAUCCUGCUGAUGUGUGUUUAUGUAUUUUAUUAUCUGUCUUCAGCAGGAUUCUAGAAACCUGCGUUUAAGUUCUCAGGACUGACAAAAUGCUAAAUUUAUCAGAUACCAGGAUCUAAACAUUGCAAUCAGACUUUUAUCGUUGCCAAUAAAAUAAAUACUGCUAAAACACUGAUCAUUUGGAUCUCUCACAUCUGUAAAUCUGUUGUAGGUUUAUACUGUAUGAUCAGUAAAACAUCAGUUUGUGCUAAUUGCUACAUGACUACUCUGUAAAUACUUUUAGAUCUUUUGGUCUUUUGAGAGUACAAUGUAUGAAACACAUGACAUACUGUAUAAGAUAUGCUUAAUAAACUGGACAAAUAUAAAUGAACUGUCAUUUUGAUACUGAGAGGCAUCACAAAGCGACACUUCAAUGCAAAAAAGUUCAAUUUAUUUACUCUUGAAGAGGAAAGAAGAUAUUAGAAAAUAAGCUUUUGAUCAAAUGCCACUGUCCUGUUAUGUUUUGUUGUUUUUUUUUUUACUAGAAGUAAUAAAAAAAUAUUAAAUUAAAUAAAAACCUUUUCACCAAGUCUACAAGUUUGGGCACCAUACUGAGUCAGUAUUUAUAUAUUCUUAUAUUUGCCUGCGGUAAUUGGAAACAGGGCCAACUCAUUUUUGCAAGCUCUGCAAUAUUUAUAGGUUGUCUAAUUUUGUUCUUUUUGUAGUUCGUGUUGGCUUUUAAUGUUAUAUUUUGAUUUUGUACUUUACACUGUUGUGAAAACCAACCUCCUAAACUGAUUAUGUAUGUAUGUAUAAUUUUUGCAUCUUGAGUUCUCCAUCAUUAAGUGUUCUGCCCAUGCAAUGUUUCCGUAGUAAGUUCAUACUGUAACAUUUUGUAAACCUGCCUCGUUUGCUUUGCUUGAUGUACAUAAUACCUGAACAAUAAUAAUAAAUUGAUGAAUACAGUUUGCAACCUGCCUAAAAAAUCCAGAUGAGUCACUUAAGGUCAGACAUGUUAAUGAAGUUCUCAGACUUUACAAAUAGUGUACAGGCUACUACAAAUUCACCAUAGUUAAUGUUUUUAUUCAUCUUUUUUAACAUGAAAUAAACAGUAACACCA